AUGGGUAUUAGUCGUGAUCAUUGGCAUAAACGACGAAAGACCGGCGGUAAACGACCACAACCACACAAGAAGCGAAAAUUCGAAUUAGGCCGACCAGCUGCUCUAACCAAACUAGGUGCCAAACGUAUCCACACUGUACGUACACGAGGUGGAAAUAAAAAAUAUCGUGCUUUACGUCUGGAUAUCGGUAACUUCUCCUGGGGUUCAGAAGGAAUUGCCAAAAAGACACGUGUCAUCGAUGUUAUGUAUCAUCCAUCUAAUAACGAAUUAGUACGUACAAAAACAUUAACGAAAUCAACUAUCGUACAAAUCGAUGCUGUUCCCUUUCGACAAUGGUAUGAAUCACAUUAUGGUCUACCACUUGGUCGUAAGAAAGGUGUGAAAUUGACUGAAGCCGAAGAAGCUGUUCUCAACCGUAAACGUUCAGCUAAAUCGCAAAAGAAACUUGCAGUUAAACAACGCCGUGCUAAAGUUGAACAAGGACUCGAAGAACAAUUUCAAGCUGGUCGUGUUCUCGCUUGCGUUGCUUCUCGACCUGGUCAAUGCGGCCGUUGCGAUGGUUAUGUUCUCGAAGGCAAAGAACUCGAUUUUUACAUGAAAAAAAUCAAACAAAAGAAAUCCAAAUAA